UCGCUUUACGGCAGAGAAGACGCGUCCACAUGGCUUCCAACUCGACCGGAGCCUGAGCUAAAAUCGCUAAUCGGAGUAGACUAAAACGACCUGAUUAAAACAAAACUCGCGGUUUAUGUAUAGGUAGCGUUAGGUCGUCAUGGGUAAAAGUAAAACCACGAAGUUUAAACGACCACAGUUCAACGCUGUCGGUCUGCCGGUGAAAGCCGUGCGGGAAGUGGACGGAGAGGAGGAAGACCACGGGGAGGAUUGCUCUCCCGCCGCGGAGCUGCUGGAAAAGCUGCAAAGCCCGAACGCAGACAUGCGUGAGUUUGCGUGUGCCAGCAUUUCCCGGGUGGUCCAGCAGAGCCAGACCAUCCCCGGUUUUCUACAGAGGGACGCUGUCCGGCGCCUGGGUCCCAUGCUGCUGGACAACAGCAUGGCUGUCAGGGAGACUGCAGCGGGGGCGCUCAGGAAUCUGAGUGCAUGUGGAAACCAGGAGGUGUGCGAGGACAUGGUGAAGGAAGACGUCAUGACUCCUCUGACAGCGCUGCUGACAGAGUGUUGUGCUGGUUUCGACGGCGCCGUGGUGACGAUGAAAGAACAGAAAAAUGCCGUGGAGGAUGUCGCCAAUGAGGCCGUCAACCUGCUGUGGAACUUAUGUGAAAGCAGCAGCCAGGCGCUGUCUGUCUUUAACAAAUCAGGUCUCCUGGAUGUUGUUGUUCAGUGUUUGGAGAGGCACCCACACAAUGUGGAGCUUGCUGUCUCAGCAGCUCACUGUUUGCACACUGUGACUGAGGACAACCCUGAACUGCUGUGCAGCCUGAAUACCGCCGUUUUUGGAGCCCUGGAGAGCGUGCUGCUGUCGUCUCAGCCAGGCAUGGCCGCCACUCUCCUCAGGACUUUAGCUGCAGGAACUCUGUGGAACAUGAAGGCCAGUCUUCCCGCCGCCCGCCAGGCUCAAACCCUCAACGCUGUGGUGGCCACCUUGUCUCGGUGCCUGGAUUUGGAUGCAGGAGUGCUGAUCCCUGAACUCAGAGCAUCAGAAGAGGCUUCUCACAAAUGUGCCUCCCCGGCUGCAACAAAGGCAGAGGAACCGGCAACUAGAGACCCAGCCGAGGAGGAGAUGAUUGAGGAAGAUGAGGCACUCAAAGAAAAAAGUAGAAAUGGAAAAGCGACGACUGCUGACAACGACUUCUCUGAUCUUCUUCCUAAGGGUAAGGAGGAGCUGAGGGAGGCAACGGCCUUGCUGACAGCCCAGCAAACGUCCUUGGAGAUCAUUGUCAACAUGUGCUGCUCUGACGAUCCCUCUGAUGACGAGUGGGAGGAGGAAUCCAGCAGCGACGAAAGCGACAUGGGUCCCGAUGGCCUUUGUGAUGGAGUGUCCAGUCUGAUGUCUCCACUGUGCUUGUCAGCUGAGGUUCAAGGGGCCUUGAUCCACCACAGCAUACCAGAAAAGGUGUUAAAAAAGACAGAGUUCCCCAGGCCGGAGGCCAUAGACGUGUGCCAGCAGAAUCCUUCCUGGAGAGGCGUUGCAAAGAGGAUGCGGCGGGUUCAGUCCCGGGCGCUGACCUGCCUCCACAGCAUCCUCUCCACCAUGGAUCCAGAGUCUCUGGGCGGUGCAGCCGGCCUGCAGGGAGCAGCACAGCACCUGUCCACGCUGGUCUUUGGCGCUGCAGAGAUUCCUAAGGAUGAGGAAUUCUUAGAGGCUGUCAUCAGUGCCAUGAGGUCUCUUUUGCAGAUGAUUGCCUCCAAAAGCAUCCCACAGUGUAUGACCCCCCAGCAGCUGAUGAGUCUUUGCGAAGCAGCUUCCCACUGUGAUGUUGUCAGUGUAAGGGUCAACGCCGUCGCCAUUCUGGGCAUCACUGGCAGCACAUUAGCCAAAGACAAGGGCACAGCAGAAACCCUGCAGAUGAUCGGAAACGCUUUACUUCAAGUUGCCACCAGGGAUUCUGACCUGGUUGUAAACGGAGAAGCCCUCGACGCCUUGUUUGACGUUUUUGCGGAUGGAGAAGAGGCAGAGACAGCUGCUAAAAGCAUCCAGUUAUUGCCUGCACUUAAAACACUUCAACCUGUCUUCAAGGCCAAGAUACGCAAAGAAGGUCGGGGUAAAUACAGCUCUCAGCAGCUGUGUGUGCUAGAUAACAUCAAAGUCAACCUGAGGAGAUUUAUCGGCUAUCUGGAGAAGGUGGUGAAAAAAUAAGAACUUUGUGUAUUUUAUGCGGUGAUCGUCUUGAGCGAGUUCCGACAGGUUAACCAGCAGCAGAGGAGAUGAGAGAAGAGAUUCAACUUCAUUGUCAUUUCUAAAGUUCAGAACGAGGCAACGAAAUGCCAGAAAACACACGACAUCGUACGAGAUCGUAUGGAUGUGAAACCACCAGUUAUUUAUGUCUAUUUUAUCCAAAAUAGCUUUUCUUUAUAUCAUGUGAAUGUUUGAAGUGAAAUUGAAGAGUUGAUAAAAGUGGGUGGGUCUUCUUACUUUUACUUACAAUUAUUUUUUUUCCAAAUGAAAUGUGAACACCUUUAUAUUAUAACAUCUAAAUAAAAGUUAGAUCAGGUGUUUGGAUCAGA